CAAAGAUGAAAAAUGCUGUAAAAGCUUACUUCGAAAGGACUUGGAACAGGGAAGACAUGACGAAUCCAGAUGAAAUUCCCCUGCGCGCUCACGAAAGCUUGAAGAGGGUGUAUCUUACUCUCUUCUGUGCCAUGUUGACUGCUACUUUUGGAUCCAUCUUGCACUUGAUCUGGGAAGCGGGAGGGCUGUUCACAGUCCUUUCUUCUGUAGCAAGUUUACUCUGUCUUUACUUAACAUCGCCAUGGAGUGUGAAGAAGAGGGUCUUACUCUUGAUGAUUGCUGCCUUUUCCUUCGGUGCUUCAAUUGGCAUUUUUACCAAAUAUCUCUUUGAAAUAGAUCAAGACAUUGUUGUCAGCAUUUUGUCAGCUGCAGCAAUUGGCUUUGGAACUUUCUGGUUUGGAGCCUUGUUAUCAAGGCUAAGGGCCAUCCUCUACACCGGUUGCCUUCUUCAUUCUCAUGCUUUCAUGUUGUCGUGGUUGGUCAUUACUUCUGACAUGAUCUUUGUUGGCUACUCAGUUCAAUGGACGCUAAAGGUGUUUGCUGUGCUGGCAAUGUUCAUGGGGUACUUUGUGAUAUAUAGCCAAGAGAUAGUUUAUAAUUCCCUCUCUGAAGAUGUUAACUUUGUCAACUGCACAUUCACCAUCUUCUUCAAUUUACCCGCUAUAGUUGUCCAUGUUGCCCGACUAGAGCUGAUUGAAGUAACAGAGUUAAAGCUUAACACAUCUGAAGCCAAGUUCUGUGAAUAUUUCUUGGCAAAUACUGAUUGUUGA